AUGGGCGUCAACCCGGGCAUACUGCAAGAUGUCUCCAGCCCCCAUUCGAGCCAUCCUUCUUUCCUGCACCUAGUGCUCCUCGUCUUUGAAGCUGUGCUUGAGGUUGUUUGCGUCAGCCUUCCUGGGUAUAUUGCUGCGAGAGUGGGCAUGUUCGAUGCAGACGCUCAGAAAUUUGUUGCCAAUCUCAAUGUCGCUCUGUUUACUCCAUGUCUGAUAUUUACGAAGCUUGGUUCCCAGCUGACAGCGGAGAAACUCACCGAUCUCGCCAUCAUACCUCUCAUUUUCGUUGUUCAAACCGCUGUUUCAUACUCCUGCGCAUACGUUGUUUCGCGAUGCUUUCGAUUCAAGAAAAGAGCGUCGAACUUCGUUGCGGCUAUGGCUGUCUUUGGGAACUCAAACUCGCUCCCUAUCUCGCUUGUUAUCUCUCUUUCGCAGACGCUGAAUGGCCUCCAUUGGGAUCGUAUCCCUAACGAUAAUGACGACGAAGUUGCAGCGCGCGGUAUCCUUUACCUGCUCAUCUUCCAGCAGCUCGGCCAGCUCGUGCGCUGGAGCUGGGGAUACCGUGUGCUCUUGGCACCAAAGGAGCGAUAUAUUGAGGAAGCAGAAAGAGAUGACGGGGAGACGACAGUCGCACAAGACCAGGAACGAUACACCGACAACCCCGAGCAAGUGGACCCGGACGAGCCCUUGAUAAGGACAAGGGACUCCUCCGAUGGCUCAAUCGAGUAUCCAACCGGCUCCCACGAUGGUUCCGAUGACUUUCACUCCGGGGAAGCGACCCCAGUAAACACUCGCACUUACUCCUCGUAUACGAAGUUGCCGCAUCCUGAGAAUGAUCAAGCUCAAAAUCAGUCGCCGAUACUGGGACCGCCGCCCAGUGGCCCAUUUCUCCCUCACCAAGACUCUCGUGGCGACAUCUUGUAUUUUCCAAGCGUGGAAGUCAACCCUCAAGACAGUGCCCUAGAGCAAGGGGGCUUGUCGCGGGUCAAAACUUCUAUGGGUCGUGUCAGGGUCCGGAUCGCUAAUGGCUGGGCGCGUGGGACGAGUGCAUUAUACAAUCGGAUUCCACCAAGUAUCCAGAAGACGCUAUCGAAUUGCUCGAACGUCAUUAGCAGAUUCGUACGCGGCGUGUGGGAUUUUAUGAAUCCUCCACUUUGGGCAAUGUUGGUUGCGAUCAUAGUUGCUUCUGUGCCCUCACUCCAGCGACUGUUUUUCGAUGACGGCACUUUCGUUCGGAACUCUGUGACUCGCGCAAUCAACCAAAACGGGCAGGUCGCUGUACCCUUGAUCCUUGUUGUUCUUGGGGCGAAUCUGGAACGCAAUACGAUCCCUCGGGAAGCACUUGAGGAUAUGGAGGAUGCUGGCACGGAGAAGAAGCUGAUUAUCGCUUCGUUAUUGGCCCGUAUGCUUCUACCGACAAUCAUUAUGGCACCGCUUCUCGCCCUGCUCGCCAAAUAUGUCCCAGUCAGCAUUGUUGACGAUCCGAUCUUUAUUAUUGUCUGCUUCCUGCUCACUGGAGCUCCCUCGGCUCUACAGUUGGCGCAGAUAUGCCAAAUCAAUAAUACUUAUGUCGGCGCCAUGUCGAAACUGUUGUUCCAGAGCUACGUGGUUUGGAUUCUCCCAUCAACACUUAUUCUUGUGAUGUGCGCUCUGGAAGUUGUUGAAUGGGCUGCCUGA